ACAAGUCAUCCGCCUGGGAACAUUCGACUGGAUCCAGCUCCUUCGUAUAGACUGCAACUUGACCCCGCGUUCUUCCUUCGAUAUCCUAGAUCAUCUUCGGUUUACCAGGGUAGAAGGAGCAGAGCAAAGUCAGAUCUAGGGGCUGGUCUCAUCAGCGACCUCCUGCACAAACAUCUCACCAUGUCGGCCACCACAGCCCAGGUCCCGAGCGAAAUGCUGGCGGCCCAACUCGUCGAAUUCAAGGCCGCGCCCGUCGUCCAGAAAACCAAGGCCCCAACGCCCUCCGACCUGGGGCCCUACGAUCUCCUCCUCCGGACCGCCGUGGCCAGUCUGUGCCACACGGACCUCAUGGUGCAGGCGGGCUUCAUGCCGCUCAAGCACGGCCUGCCCAUGACCCUAUCGCACGAGGGCACGGGCGUCGUGGUCGCCGCGGGGGCGUCGGUCGAGGAAUUCCAGCCGGGAGACCGGGUCAUGUCCGGCAUCACGUUCCACGGCUGCGGCCACUGCGACAACUGCCUGGCCCCGGCUGACCGGGACUGGAAACAGUACUGCUUUGACACCGACGGCGCCACGGGCGUCAUGACCGACGGCGCGUUCGCCGAGUACCACGUCGUCGACGCCCGGAUGAGCUGCAAGGUGCCCGAAGGCGUGAGCCUCCUGACCGCCGCCCCGCUGGCGUGCGCCGGCGUCACUGUCUACCGCGGGCUGAAGGUCAGCGGCCUCGGGGCGGGCGACUGGGUCGCGAUUGUGGGCGCCGGCGGCGGGCUGGGCCACUUUGGCGUGCAGUUCGCCAAGGCGAGCGGAAUGAACGUGAUUGCGGUCGAGGCGCGGGACGAAGGGAUCGAGAUCGCGAAGAAGUACGGCGCCGACCACGUCCUCGACGCGCGCGAGGGCAAGGACACGGUCGCCGCGCAGGUCCGCGCCCUGACCCCGGGCGGCAGGGGCGUUGACGCCACCGUCAACGUGAGCGACCACCCGUCCGCGGCGGCGCUGUCCGCGGCCAUCACCAAGUCGCACGGCACCGUCGUCCAGGCCGCCCAGCCACCCGAGGUCACCGUGCCGUUCCAGGAGAUCGUGCUGCGCGACAUCACCAUCAAGGGCACCAUGCAUGGCGGCAAGGGCGUCGCCGACGAGAUGCUCCAGGCCGUCGCCCGGCAUAGCGUCGUGGCCGAGACGCAGAUCUUCGACGGCCUCGCGGAGGUGCCCCGGAUGUUUGAGCUCUUGGAAGCCGGCAAGGUCAAGGGGAAGGCGGUCUGUGUGAUCGACAAGGAGCUGGUCUGAAGACGGGAAACUAGAAGAGACAAAGUUGGGGCUCAUCUGAAGGCACGAAGCUCGAUCUACCUGGGAAGAAGUGGAAAAACGUGCACUAUUUGAAGUGUAUAUGUGGCCCUGCUCAGUCAAGAAAGUCCAAGGGGCCUGUAUGGCGGGACUUCUAUUGCAACCAAGCAACACAAAAUUCUCGAUCUAGUAAUAGAAGAAGAGGAGAAGGGGGAAGCCAU